AUGCUUCAAGCCGCUGCGCUCAAACGUGUGACUGCUCGUCUCUCGACGACAACAAGCUGGAGCGCACCAGCGUCGCGAUCAUUUGCGGCCAAUCGCAGCAGUGACGCAGAUGAAGAUGAGCUCAAAGCRGCUCGCCAAUGGCUCUCCAACUUGGACCUGAACACGAUUCCUCGCGAAUUGUGCGAUGUGAGUUUCAGCAGGUCUUCUGGUCCUGGAGGUCAGAAUGUCAACAAAGUGUCAUCGAAGACUACACUCCGUCUACCCAUCUCGGCUCUUCUUCAACGAGUUCCAAAAGUGAUGCAUCCACCACUCAUGAGCAGUCGCUACUAUGCUGCAAAGUCCAGCGACAUUGUGAUACAAGCAGACGCCUCUCGGAAACAGAAUGAUAACGUCAAUGCAUGCUUCCGCAAGCUUCACGAUUUGAUCGUACAAGCCGGACGAGAGACUGUACCCGGCGAAACGACACCGGAACAGAGGAAACGUGUGGAGCAGCUUCAAAAGGCGGAAGCCGCAGGAAGGCGAAAAAUGAAGGAGUUUCAGAGCAAGAAAAAGGGCGCACGUCGUGACGGGGGAAGAGGAGACGAGUGA